AGCCACUGUGAUGUGAUCCAGCUGAGUAAACCAAGCAAAAGACAAGCCAAGACUAUUGCCGUACCACAAAAUAUACCUUCGCGGAAUCGCAUGGGAAUAAACCAUCUUAUUAAAAGUAUAUAUGAUGGCCGAUACUGUCGAUGUGGAGAAGUAUUUGAAGACCAUAGUUAAGAACUUUGAUAACGAUCUACUUACUUAUAUUACAGAUGUCAUCAAAACAAGUUCUGAGGACUUUCAACAUGUCGAUGAUGUCUAUGAAGCUGUUGGCGCUGUUUUGCAUGAAGCAAUUGAAUCUGAAGAUGAACUUUUAAUAAAAAAUAUUUGUGAAGGAAUUAUAAAUAUAUUAAAAAGGGAUGAAUUAAGCAGCAAGAUAAGUUAUGUCAAAAUACUUAAUGCCCCUAUCCACAUCGGUGAUCGUAUCAAGGAGUCUGAUCAAGACUUGGGAUCUGAUCAAGACAGCAUAUGGCUUAAACAAAGUUCUUAUGAAACUGCUUUGAAAACUGUUGACAUGAAAAAACUAGGAAAAGUCGAUGCAAAGCUCAAGUUAAAAAAUGAGAAGAAAGAUAAGGAAAUUAUUCCUAUUGUUGAAAAUGUAGUGAAUGGACCUACCACAAAUCAAGUUGUUCAAAGAAAAGAUUUUAAAAAAGAUGAAACCGGAAAAGUGGUUGAUGUCAGAAUUGAAAAUUUUGAUUUAGCUUAUGGAAGCAAGGUUUUAAUCAAGAACGCAAAUUUAGUCAUGGCAUUUGGAAGGCGGUAUGGUUUUGUUGGCAGAAAUGGAAUGGGCAAGACAACACUUUUGAAAGCAAUUUCAAGAAAAGAAUUGUUUAUUCCAACUCAUAUAACUAUACAUCAUGUUGAACAAGAAGUCACAGGUGAUGAAACCACUGCACUAAACAGUGUCUUAGUAGCAGAUACUCUACGAUGUUCGUUAUUAAAAGAAGAAGCUGCUUUAACUGAAAAAAUGAAUAAAUCUGAAGAUAAUAAAAGUAACUCAAGGCUAGCAGAGAUUUAUCAAAAGCUGUCGGAUAUUGAUGCUGAACGAGCUCCUUCGAGAGCAUCACUAAUACUUCAUGGUCUUGGCUUCAGCACUGAAAUGCAGCAGAUGAAAACUAAAGAAUUUUCUGGAGGUUGGAGGAUGAGACUUGCAUUGGCUAGAGCUAUUUUUAUUGUACCAGAUCUCUUGUUACUGGAUGAACCUACAAACAUGUUAGACAUCAAAGCAAUUUUGUGGCUCGAAGAUUAUUUACAAACAUGGCCAACUACUAUACUUGUAGUCUCUCAUGACAGAAUGUUCUUAGAUGCUGUUUCCACUGAUAUUGUUUAUUUGCACUCAAAAACAUUACAUGCUUACAAAGGAAACUAUACGCAAUUUGAAAAAACAAGAGAUGAAAAGCUUAAGAACCAGCAACGUGAAUAUGAAGCUCAAAAACAAUAUAGAGAGCAUUUACAAGCUUAUGUGGACAGAUGGAGAGUUAAUGCGAACCGUGCUUCACAGGCUCAAAGCAAACUUAAAAUUUUAGAAAAGUUACCUGACCUUGAGCCAGUUGAAAUGGAUGUUGAGGUUGAUCUAAGGUUGCCUGUCUGCGAUAAAGUACAAGCAACAAUGUUUCGCUUUGAUCAGCUGACAUUUGCAUAUAACAACUCAAAAACAAUAUUUAAAAAUGUCGAUCUAACUGCUAAUAUGGAUUGUCGUAUAGCUGUGUUGGGAGAAAAUGGAUCAGGAAAAACAACUUUGUUAAAAAUUCUAUUAGGUGAACUUGAACCAACUGGUGGUAUUCGCCAUGUGCAUAGGAGUUUACGAGUUGGGUAUUUCAAUCAGCAUCACGUCGACUCAUUAAAUAUGAAUCAAUCAAGUUUAGAACUUUUUAAAUCUCGAUGGCCUGGAAAGCAAGAUGUUGAAUACAGAUCACAUUUAGGAAGGUAUGGUGUAACAGGAGAUUUAGCAAUGAGGUCUAUAUCAAGUUUAUCAGGUGGUCAAAAAAGUAGAGUAGCAUUUGCUGUAAUGACCUGGCAUGAACCAAACUUCUUCAUUCUUGAUGAACCUACGAACCAUUUAGACAUAGAAACUGUUGAAGCUUUAGGCAAAGCACUUAAUAAAUUUAAUGGAGGUCUUAUAUUAGUCUCGCACAACGAACAAUUAAUUCAAAUGGUUGCCAAAGAGACAUGGCUGUGUGGCAACCAGACUGUAACUAGAAUAGAAGGCGGUUUUCCUGCAUACAAAAAAGCUCUUGAAGAAGAAUUCCAGCGAAUCAAUGCACGAUAGUAUUUAUACGUAAUUUAUUAAAUAUAUUGUACUUUUAUUUAGUGCGAUAACAUAAUACGCUUUUUUAAUGAAUUUAA